AUGUCUCCAACCAUCAGCGGACUAUGCUCGACAUUGACCUACUACUGGCGUCCACUUGCCUCUCCCUUCACCUUCCUACCGACGCGUCUUAGAGGUCUGGGUGCUUUUCUGGCUGUGUGCUCAGUACUCGCCACAUUCGCUUUCUUUAAUUUUCUUCCUUACGAUGCCAUUGACGACCGCAUCGCCUGCUCAUUGCAUGAUGAGAUAUUUCGCCGCCCGUCGCCAUCACUGGUCGGGUUCCACAGUAGAGAGGAUGGAGGCUUAAGUCUGGACGAGGUCAUGCGGAUGAUUGAAUCAACUGCAGGUCUAUUUGCGAGGGACUACAGCCUUGGAUUGGGUUGGAAUAAUAUGCGAUACAUCAUCGAAUCAGCGGCGCUCCAGGCGAAAAUUUUGAACAGGACGUUGGUGGUCCCAUCCUUCAUCUAUGCUCGAUCCUGCGAGCAUGAGAUGUCUAUUUGCGGAGAUUAUUUCGACAUGGUCAAUCGGAACGACGCUAUCGGCUCGAGCGAGUGGCGCAAUCUUCCGCCUGUCCAACAGAUGGCGUUCCGCAUCCCCAUAUCCACUAUGCUCAAUAUCACUCUACUCAGACAAACACAACCUGUCAUUCUUCUCUCCGACUAUCUACGGCUACACGGACUUACUCCCGAAAUCGAACAGUCAAAUGGAGUCUGGCAUCGCGAGCUGUACCACUCUAGAACGAACAUCAUGACUGGUAAGAAGCCUACCCUCUUCGUUAUUAAGAACAAGUGGUACGAUCCUUCCGGGACUCUUCGCGUGGACGUUCUUCCUCACGCAAUCCGAGAACGGGGAAUCUGGACACUCGGUGUCGGGGACGAUGUUACGGGACCUAUUGGGCGAUGGAAGGAGACUCGGGACGAUUCUGUGGAUGUGGUGGCGAAAUGCUUGGAUUCCGCUGCCAGGGAUCGUGGCCGAGGAUGGCUGGAGUGGAAUGAAGCGAGACGAGCGGUGCUGGGUUGUGAGCCGUCCAUUGUGUUAGUCGAAGAUGGCAACCUUUCGGAUCGGACAUUGGAGAGAUUUGUUAUGAAUAAUGGGUGGGAAGUGGUACACACAUAUCGAGGACUCAACAACCACGAGUUUGCAAAGGCCGUCGUUGAGCCUAUGCGAACAGUUGCCCCUCGCUCUAUGCUGCGAAGUUUCAAGGAUGAAUAUGGCCACAUUACGGAUGAUGUCUUGAUUAUUGAAGGCGAGAUUCAUCUCGAACGAAAACCGGGAUCCCUUCUAUUUACGACCUCCAGAGCUCGCGAUGCCUACACCUCGAUGGUCCUCGAUCAUGUCCGACCUCCAGAUAGUGUGUAUGCGCUCGCGGAGGUCUUGGAUGCACGAAUGAGAGACGUGAACGAGGGACGGGUUUGGAUGGGUGCGCACAUGAGGCGUGGCGACUUUCUCCGUAUUGGGUGGGCGCCAUCGUCAAUUGAGCAUCACGUACAGCGCGUCAAGGAGCACCUUGAUUCUGGCCGGAAAACACUUAAUGACCUCAUUCGAGGUGGCUCAGAUUUGUUGCAGAUGUACGAAAUCCCGAUCAUCGAUACGGAGAGCUCGAUUCCCGCUCCAGCUCAGUCACCUCGGGAGAACGACCGCCGUGCGCUGGUGGAGCAGGCCCUAUUGGCGAGAGCCGGUUUCGUGUAUGGGCAUGGGCGGAGUAGUUUUGCGGGGGGCAUGGUGAAUAUGCGGGCGCGGGCGGGAAAAGAUGUUAGAACAGUCGAUCUCGACUGA